ACACACACACACACACACACACACACACACACACACAGAGACACAGCAUUUGCACUCACAAUUUUCCUUCUUCGACGAGCGCUCUCCGGCACGACAAUUCCGUCAUUUCCGCGUUGGCAAUACCGCCCAUGCGCCGAUCUGCCUCGUGCCGGCUCCGCGUUGGCUGAGGUCACACCUGCGUCGUACGGAUGCCCGUCUCUACCGGUAUCGAUCACACAGGCGGCUAGGCGUUCCAGGCGGGAAGCAAUACAGAGCCCAUCGCAAGUUUAUGUCGCCGGAAGCGUAUCCGAAUUGUUUUUCUUCAGCUCACCUUUAUUUGUCUUGUCUUAUCAGUCAUCCGUCGCCUCGAUCCACGUGCAUCGAAACGUAUACGUUUGUCCUGAGCAGAUUAGAAAACUGUGCCCGCUUAACACUGAGUUGUUCAGUUAAAACGAAGAAGGUGUGCAACUAGGACACCGUACUGUACUUCGUCAGCCCAGGCCAUGACAAACAUGCCGCACACCGAAGCCGCAGACGACAUGCCGGUGACCCAAGGUAACCGAAAUGUCACAAACAAAAAGCCAAGGCAUCAGCUCGUCAGGGGCACACCAUUCGCCACUGCUUUCCGCCGCGAGUGCAUAGAGUCUGCCAUGGACUACGUCCACAGAGAAGGUGACCUGUUCAUCGUCACUUACAUGAAGUGCGGCACGACGUGGAUGCAGCACAUCGUGUACCUCAUCCAGAACGGCGGCGUGCCUCCUGCAAACGCGGCCGAGUUUCAUGGCGCGUCCCCUUACUUUGAGGUCUGCGGCUCCCAAUGCGUGCGCUGGAGUCCGAAGGGACCAGGUUCCAUAAAGAGCCACCUACCAUUGCACCGAACGGGUUACUCUUCGGAGGCGCGCUACAUAGUCGUUAUACGCAACCCUUUCGACGCCGCGGUGUCGUUACACCACUUUUGGCGCAUGGUCUCGUCGUAUGAGUAUGACGGGGACUUCGAUGACUCCUUCGAGAACUUCCUAGCGGGCACAAUCGACAGCGGGGACUACUUUGACUUCUACAAGGGUUGGUGCCGACGCAUCCACGAUCCCAACGUGCUCUUUCUCGUCUACGAAGACAUGAAGAAGGAGCCCGAAGCAGCCGUGCGAAAGGUCGCGAGGUUUCUUGGACCCCAGUACGAGGACAGCUUGCUGGCCAGUGACGGCAAGGUACUGAAGGACGUGCUCAAGUACAGCAGCUUCGAGGAGAUGAAAAAGUACACGAACAACAUGAUCUACGACUUCUACAAGGGAGAGUUCCCGUUCCGAGGAGAGGAGUACGACGGUCUGCGCUAUCUACACACAGUCGUUCGCGGUGGUUCCGGCUCUGCUCCUGACGACGACCCCGGUAGUUCGGCGGACAAGAUAGACUACGUGCGGAAGGGAGUCGUUGGCGACUGGAAGAACUAUUUCUCCUCCGAGCAAGUCAGGCGUCUGAGCGAGAAGUUUCGGAGGGAGACCCGCGACACCGUUAUUGCCGACCUGUGGCCAGAGUUGAAUAUUGGCAGCCAAGAGAGUACUUGAAGUCCAUAAAAAGUGAAAUGGAUCUUUUCCCAAUAGAACUAUUAUGCGCUCAGUGCUUUAGUCUUCAUGUCAAACGUUCCGCAUGGACACUGAAGUGUAAGGUACAGUGAUGUUUUCUUGACAACGUGGUCAUGUAUGACAUCCCUAUCAAAAAAUCUCAUAUGACACGCAUGACACGUGUCCAAUAAUUUUGUAUGAUCAUACGAGAACACAUAUGAUUCAUAUGUCUCCAUGCGGCAUUAUUGGAUACGAGGCAUAUGUGUCAUAUGAGAAUUUCCGUAGGGUAUGAUAUCUUUUUGUGUGGAGAUAAAUAAAAUGGCAUUAACUAUAAAAUCCGAGAGAAAAUAUGUAGGCUGUAACGCAUGCGAAGGGAUAACCAAACUCUGUGGAAAGGUUCGUGAGGCACAUAAGGCUUUCACCUUAAUUAAAUUAUUGUGACGUAUGUCGCUUAAAUCGUUAAAGCGGGAAGCAAUCGCGAUAAUGUAGCGCACUACUUAUGUCACGUACGCUUCCCGAAG